CUUUUAUUUCUUCUUUCUUUUUAAUACUACAAUAUUCCUCAUCUCUCUCAAUCUGAGUAUUUUCUCUAGACCAACAUUCCCAGCCCCACCAUCACUUGAAAAUCUAGAAAUUAUUUCUUUAAUUUCCCUUCAUUCUUUUUUCCCCCUCCUAAAAUCUAACAGUAGCAUGAUGAUUCAGAGAAGCAAAAUCUUAUUGCUUGUCCUAAUUUUGGGGUUUAUAGCGACCCAAGUGAAAUCCCUUAGAUUUGAUCUGCAAUCUGGUCAGACCAAAUGCAUAGCUGAAGACAUUAAAAGCCAUGCUAUGACUGUAGGCAAAUACCAUAUUGUUAACCCCAAUGAAGGCUACCCUUUGCCUGAUACUCACAAAGUUACAGUCAGGGUGACAUCAACAUAUGGAAAUACCUAUCACCAAUCAGACAAUGUUGCUGAAGGGAAUUUUGCUUUUGAAACUGCGGAAGCUGGGGAUUAUAUGACUUGCUUCUUUGCUGCUGAUCACAAGCCCCCUGUAACUGUUACCCUCGAUUUUGACUGGAAGACUGGUUUUGCUGCUAAGGAUUGGACAAAUGUUGCCAAGAAAGGCUCUGUUGAAGUAAUGGAAUUUGAACUAAAGAAGAUGUAUGAAAAUGUUCAAGCCAUCCAUGAUGAGAUGUUUUUUCUCCGUGAAAGGGAAGCUGAAAUGCAGGAAUUGAACAGAUCCACCAACUCCAAAAUGGCUUGGAUGACUGGCUUGUCAAUCUUAAUAUGUUUAUCAGUGGCAGGGUUGCAGUUGUGGCAUUUGAAGACCUUUUUCGAAAAGAAAAAGCUUAUCUAAUACUGUUAUGAUAGCUUUAUAGUACUCCAUGUAUGUGUAGAAUUUCCAUAGAUUACCAGUUCGAAGAGGGAAUACAAUGUUUUGAGUCAAUUGUGAUAGAGAGAUCUUGGAUUGGCAAUGAAGUUGGUGCUGCCCAUGCUCGUGUUUUCUUAUUUAUUACUCAGAUCUAUCCCAUUUUAUGGCACUUUCCUUUCUA